AUAUUCUUAUAUACCUGGCAACCUCAGUUUUGUGGCGUCCUCCUCAUUUACUCAUACUUCCUAAGAAUUCUCCUUCGAGCCCCCUCCGUUUGUUCGUCACGCGGGGAAGAUCUGCCGCGAUCGAUAAAGUACCAUCUUAUCUCUCCUUCCCCCACGUACUCCGUACUGUACGGAGUAUCCGCCUCCCCCUUCGACUCAACUACACUGCACUGCCAACUCAUGGCUUUUCGUUUACCUCCUCAAGUUCCCCGCCGUCGUCCCUCAUAUUCGCAUUCCCUACCAUCUCCAGCCCUUGAUAUCCCUUCGCCUCUUUCGCAGCUACCGGAGCACGAAUCGACAGAAUGGGUGCUCUUCUCUCCAACUCAACAACCCUCCACUAUCGCCCGCACCCAUACUACGUCCACUGAUCGCACGCCACGAACAUAUGCCCGCUUGAGUGAUUUCGGCUCUUUUGGCACGGCAACGCGAUCGGCCGUGGGUCCGGAAAGUGAGGAGGAAGAAGACGCCCUCGAUGAGCCCCUGGACGAUGACGGCACCGAGCUAGAUAGUCUAGAUGAUGGGCUCCAUGCCUUUCGGGCGCCAUCAUUAGUACACGACGACCCCGGGGCACCUGUCACACUGCCCGCUCAUGACGGACUAGGUAGCUUCCAAGCCUCCAGCGAGACAGUACAACAUCAACUGUGGCAACACGAGCAAUUUAACCCUCAUCGAAGACCCGACUUGCAGCCACGGCGGCGUUCAAGCGUACAACGUCAGCUAGAUUCGAUCACACGCGACGAAGAAGCAGAUGUGGAGCGGGAGCGGUGGCAACGUAUUGAGAAAUGGCGGAUGGAACAAAGUCGGGCACUUUUGAACGAGAUCGAGAAGGCCACUCGAAGACGCCGUGAUAGCCGUGCUAGUCGGUCCAGUGAACAAGUUGAACAACCGAUUCCGCCUGCCGAGUCUUUCGAGGUGUUUCAGACUCCUGCAUCUUCUUCGACAGCAGAACAGGAAACUGACAACGAUGAAUCUCUAUGGAAACGCAUCACCCGCAAGGUAAUUCAAGAUCUGAUCGGGAUCGAUGAUUCCUUGCUUUCUGUCCUUUUCGGGGAGUCGUUGCCAUGUACCGAAGACGGAGAGAUGCACACAUCAGCGCGGUCGAAUAGUGAUUUUGACUUCAAUGAGGCGAUAAACCAGAAACUGGAUUCCGCGUCGGACCAAAGCCCGCCAUGGAAGAACAAGCUCCUGCAGCGCAUUGCGCGCGAAUUAGGUAUACUUGUCCACCAGCUCUGUGAGCAUCCCGGUGCAUUCACAACCUAUCUCAACCUAUCCCAUGAUAUCCCCAAUCAAUAUGCUGGCAUUCCCCUUGAACGCCUCCCCGAAGAAGACAAUCAGUUAUCUGCCUUAGCUGAGCCUGCGACUAUGAUUGAGUCAACAAACAAUGCGGAAUCAACCUUGUCGCCUCAGUUCACCCCCACUUUGCAGGUUCCUGAUAGCCGAGAGCACGCGGCUCUAUGGGGUAUUGAAGACGAUGACGAUUUGGUCCGUGGUAGCAGCGGCUCGGCAGGCGAUCCAUUGUCUGAAUCGGCACGUAUUCAACAGGAAAGGGAAUAUUGGGAGCGGGAGUUAGACGUGUCGGUGGUCUUCCGCUACCUACGUAAUCGCUUCAGCCAGAGACCUAAUGCUACCGACUCGUUCCAUAACACGUCGCACCGUCCUACGCAGGAUGCCUCUCGCCGCGCCGCAAUUAUCCGUCAACAUCAUCCUCUUGUUGCGCGCGCACACGCUCGCUCCCAAGCACAGAUCCGACGCCAGUCCCAAUACUCUUCCCAUCAUUCAGGACCGACCGGGGUCUCGUCACCCGUCCUCCGCCAACGAUUCCGUCGACCUAGCUCCAGCUGUGCAAGUCAAAGCGCAAAGAUGUCUGCUAUCUCCAGCCGUCGGACAAUGACGGGCUCCAGUCGAAACUACUGGGAUAUUGGAGGGAGCAUUGACAGCGGAAGUGCGGUUGCACCCGUUGCCGCUGGGGUUGGAGCUUGGGGAGACGUGUGAUCGGGUCCCUGAGUGUGUAGUUUCUGAGUUGCACAUCACAUACUGCAUGCUGGCCAUCGAACGUAUUACUAUUAUUGUCUCAGACCGGGAGUCUUGGCUACUAUUCUUGGGUUUUCACAUACCAGCACAACUUUCUGGACUAUUGUCGUCUCAGUCACGAGUACAUAUCUAGCUAUUUUUCUUCUUGGGAUCAUCUCAUCUAUUCUUCCUAUUUUUCCAAU